AGAAGAAUGUUUGAGGGAGAAAUGGCAAGUUUGGAAGCCAUCUUGAAAACGCAGACAAUAAAAGUGCCUAAACCCAUCAAAGUUAUAGACCUGCCUGGGGGCAGUACUCUGUUUGUGAUGGAACACUUAGAAAUGAGAGGCUUAAACAGACAUUCAGCAAAGCUUGGAACACAGCUGGCUGAUCUCCACCUUCAUAACCAGAAACUUGGAGAAAAGCUGAAGAAAGAAGAGAGCACAGUUGGUAAAGGUCAAGGGCAAAUGGAAGUCCAGUUUGUGGAUCAAUUUGGCUUUCAUACAGUUACCUGCUGUGGCUAUCUUCCACAGGUGAAUGACUGGCAGAAUGACUGGGUGACUUUCUUUGCCAAGCAAAGAAUCCAGCCCCAGAUGGACAUGAUUGAAAAGAAUUCAGGAGACAGGGAAGCAGGAGAACUUUGGGCACAACUUCAGCUGAAGAUACCCAGUUUGUUCUGUGACAUAGAGAUUGUUCCUGCUCUCCUGCAUGGAGAUCUCUGGGGAGGAAAUGUAGCUGAGGAUGAUUCUGGUCCAAUUAUCUUUGAUCCGGCUUCUUUCUACGGCCAUUCAGAGUAUGAGCUUGCAAUAGCUGGGAUGUUUGGUGGCUUCAGCAGUUCUUUUUACUCUGCUUAUCACAGUAAAAUUCCCAAAGCAGCAGGGUUUGAGAAACGCCUAAAGCUUUAUCAACUUUUUCACUACAUGAACCAUUGGAACCAUUUUGGCACAGGGUACAGAGGGUCUUCUCUAAACAUUAUGAGAAACCUUAUAAAGUGA